AUUUGGAGCCGUUGGACGCAUGGAUACUUUCAUACUUGGUUGAGUGGGUCGAAAGAAAAUGGAGGGUUUCUGGAGUGGCAGUGAAGAGAACAGCAAAAAGGGAUUGGAGGGAACAGGCUUGAAUCAGCCAGUUAACCGCCAUGGAAACCUGAAAAGUGCUUCAAGUGAUCAGAAUCUGAAGGAAAUUCUGCAAAAUAUCAGGUCCUCUAAGAGUCCAACAAUGAUAAAUUAUGGAGCAUCAUGGUGUCAUAUUUGCAGCCAGAUUCUUCCUUCGUAUUGCCGGUUGAGUGAUGAAUUCCAGAAGCUUUCAUUUGUAUAUGCAGAUAUUGAUUAAUGUCCAGAAACAACUCAGCACAUGCAAUAAACCCCUACUUUUCACUUCUUUCGUGACGGUGCAAGUGUGGAUGAGAUGCUUGGGGCCGGAGAAGAGAGGCUGCAUGACCGACUUUGGUUACACUCCUAAGAUAGCUAGCUCAUGCUUGUGCUGUGACAGACAACAUACGACCAAAAGACAGCCCAUUGCUGUAAAGGGCUUCACACAUAUACUUAAUCGUCUUUCACAUGGUGCUGUUGCUCUUCACAAAAAUAUUGUAGGCAUUUUAAAUUAACUUCCAUUUUAUAAAAUUUAAGUAGCUUGGCACUUGUGCUCCCAUACUGUUUGUCUCCAUUGUAUCGGUUUGAAGAUAUUCAAACU